UGCUCUUUGCCUGCCUGAUCAGUGUUUUGACCCAGCUUGUGUUUUUGGAUUCAACUGUUUAACUGGAUUACGCCCCAAGCCCAGCCCUCUGGAUUUGCUAGCUCCUUUUCUGCCCCUUGGUUCAAGACCCUCACCUGGAGAACGGACCUCGCCUCUGUCUCGUCCCCCUCUCUCCACUGGUUUAAAGCUGCCUUGCUCUGCUCUCACUCUCCCCACUGUGACGCCAUCAGGUCCUUGUCAGUGGAUCCCUUGGAUGCCACCUUUGGGACGGAGACCGAACCCCAGGAAAAGCACACAGGCUUUCUUCCCCUCCCAGCUUCUGAGAAGCUGCUUCAGCCUCAGUCUGCCAUCUGUUUUGAAAAGAUAAUAUCACUCUGAAGCUGAGCAACACAUCAUCAUUGUUGGAUGUGAAGAUGGGUCACACUUUCUUCUUUUUGCUGGCCAUUUUGCUUCUCUGCCCUUUCCUUCAGUCUGAAAACACCCAAGCAGAAAUUAUGUCUCUAUCAGAGUCAAAGUCUGUCCUGACUGUAUCUCCAUCAUGGUUGACUCCUGGAGCCUCAGUAACUCUGAAGUGUGAGGUUCAACCUCCAUCUGCUGGAUGGGCGUUCUACUGGUAUAAAGCUGUUCCUGAUCCAACAAAGAAAGACUACAGAUAUGAGCUCCUGUCCGAUGGCAUCAAUGGGACUGUAGAGGACUUUUACAUCAUUCGUGGACAGAAAAACACAGCAGGAUAUGCAUGUAGAGCUGAAAAAGCAAACCCAGAUUUUAUCACUCAUUACAGUCAACCAAAGUUUGUCUGGUCUGCAGAUGCACAUCCAGCAGCCAGUCUGACAGUGAGUCCUGAAGAAGAUAAACAUUUCACUGAUCAUAAUGUUUCUUUAAAAUGUGGCGGAAACUUGACUGAAUGGAAAAUAAGAAGUUAUACUGUGAUUAACAACCAGUCAUAUUUAUCAGACUGCUCCACCUGGUGGACAGUGACAGGAUCAUCAUGUGUCAUCAACAGUCAGUCACAUUAUGAGGCAGUGUGGUGGUGUGAGUCUAAAUCAGGAGAGUACAGCAAUGCAGUCAGCAUCCCUAUAUACAAUAGAGAUCUUCUCCUGGUGAGCCCAUUCCAUCCUGUGACUGAGGGAGCUUCUAUUACUCUGACCUGCAGACUGAGAGGACAAAACACACUUUCUAAUGUGAUCUUCUAUCACAAUGACAAACUGCUACAAAAUGACAGCAGACAGGAGCUGAAGAUCUCUGCAGUGUCUCAAUUAGAUGAGGGUUUCUACAAGUGUGAACAUUUAGGAAUGGUUUCACCACAGAGCUGGAUGGCAGUUCAAGCCGUAUUCAGGCUCAGGAGCUUUUCAUUUUUUGUGUUGUUGGUCCUUGGAGCAGGUUGUGGAUGCACGUUCAUUAUGCUGCUGCUCCUGCUGUGUUGCUUUAGGCAGUCCCAAGAACCAGAUGAAUUCAAAGAUGUCACAUAUGCCUCUAUUAACUGGGAAAAAUCUGGAAAGAAGAGAGGGGAGAAUGAACCCGAGGGAGAUGAUGUUCACUUUGAUUUGAAAACCGGAGCUGCAGAACCUGCAGCAGAUGAUGCAGUAAUUUAUUCUGAAAUAAAAUGCUCUCAGAAAGGAUGCUGCCAUGAGUUUAGGCUCUGUGCUCAGGGGGUUUGUUUUAAAAGAUGUUAAAUGAUAGAACACAUAAAACUACUCUUACAUCUUAGAUAGGCCUUUCAUUUAUUUAUCUUCUUGGUAACCCUCAUGUCUGUGCAGACAGCUGUAUCAAUCAAACCAAAGAAACCUGCUUUAUAAAAGCAUAAUAUGCUUCUCUGCACCCAAACCCCAGAGACUUUUUUUAGUUGGAACAUUUGAUCUGAUGUAGAACAUGCUGGCUUAUUGUUGUUUCAUUUAUUAUGUAACUUCUGUAAACAAUUACUAUUUGCACUUAUUGUUGUUACUCUAUGUUAAAUGUUUAUGUGCAGAAAAUGUGAAAACAAUUACUUCAAAUUGUAGGUUUUAUUUUAUCCAGUAGAAGAACUUUAAGGUCAGUUUAUUCUGUUCCGUAUUAAAUGUUAAGUAUUUAAUUUUUAAGUGUAAGAUAUGAUAGGUUUGUAGAUUCUUUUAUAGGAUGAGACACCAGAGAUUCACAUACACUUUUUAAAAAGAUAACUGGCUGUUUCUAUUUUUCACUUCCAAUAAACCUGACUAAACCUUUGUUGUUUUAGGUCAGUAAAGGCUACCAAAAGUAAGCUUCAUUGCUAAAUGGAACAAUACUCAGACAGAAGUAUUUUGCUUCCUCUUGAUCCCAUUACAAAACACUCCCACAACCUCCCAGUUGGGAUGGUAGUCCUGUUUUUUUUCUCCACAUGUAACAAUAAUCAUUAUGGUCACACUUCAACUAUAGUUGAACAAGACCACUGGAUUUUUCUCUAAAACUAAUUUAAUUUCUCCCUGUGUUUCACAAUCUGAACGUGUUUGGGUUUUCUUUUUCUUUUGGAUUUAUUGCUCCUAGAUCUCUUAUGAUUUUUUUCCAUGCUUUGUUAUUUCUUGUAUUCGGUUCAUUGUGUAUUUUAGACAAUUUUCUGCUUUAACUUUGUCCAGUUUUAUUCAUGUUAUUGCAUUUAGUGCUCAAGUUAUGUUUUUUGUAUAGUUUUAGUUUAUGGAGUUUUGACGAAAAUUCAAACUGAAAGACUCACCUCCACCCCCCGGCCGUCCUAUGACUCCACCGUGCGUCUCUCAUCUAUCCAAUCAGCGUCAGAUCCGCAUGUGUCUUCAAUCAAUCA